AUCAUCAUUCAGUGGGACCAAUCAAAUUGCUUCUUUAAUUUCAUAUUUUCUCCCUCGUGCAUAAAAGGAUACUGCCAGUGCCCAGUAGUAUCAUCUAACAUACUCAUUCCUAUUCUACCACCACCAUGCAUCCUCUACUCACUCUUUCCAUUCUCUUUUCCUACCUCUCACUUCCACUACUAAUUGUUGCUGAUGGUAGCUACAUUGGGGUCAACUAUGGUCGCAUUGCCAACAACCUUCCCUCAGCAGUCAAAGUCGUUAACCUUCUAAAAUCACAAGGCAUUGACCGGGUCAAACUAUACGAUACCGACCCGGCUGUUUUAUGGGCUUUAUCCGGAUCCGGAAUCAAAGUAACCGUCAAUCUCCCCAACGAAAAACUUUUUUUCGCAGCCAAGAAACUCUCCUUCGCCCUCUCAUGGCUCCACAAAAACGUCGUCGUUUACUACCCUCACACACUCAUCGAAACCAUUGCAGUCGGCAACGAAGUCUUCGUCGAUCCACACAACACCACCAACUACCUCGUUCCCGCCAUGAAAAACAUUCACAAAGCACUGGUAAAGAACAAUCUCCACAACUUCAUCAAAGUCUCUUCCCCAAUCGCACUCACCGCUCUCGGAUCUUCAUAUCCAUCUUCAACCGGGUCGUUCCGACCCGAACUUAUAGAACCAGUUAUAAAACCGAUGUUGAGUUUCCUCCGCGAAACGGCGUCGUUUUUAAUGGUAAACGUGUAUCCUUUUUUUGCUUACGUGUCGAACGCUGACGUCAUAUCUUUAGACUACGCUUUGUUUCGUGAAAACCCGGGUAGUGUGGAUCCGGGUAACGGGUUAAAGUAUUUCAAUAUCUUCGACGCGCAAAUCGACGCCGUUUUUGCCGCGCUUUCUGCUCUCAAAUACGACGACGUUAGGAUCGUUGUGAGUGAAACGGGUUGGCCUUCGGAAGGUGAUAGUUAUGAGGUGGGUGCGUCCCCACAGAACGCUGCUGCGUACAACGGUAACCUUGUUAAAAAGAUUUUAAGUAACGGUGGGACCCCCUUGCGGCCAAACGCGAAUCUAACCGUUUAUUUGUUCGCGCUUUUCAAUGAGAAUGGGAAAGUGGGACCCACCUCGGAGAGGCAUUUUGGACUAUUUUAUCCUGAUAUGAAGAAGGUUUAUGACGUUCCGUUCACGGUGGCGGCGAUGAAGGGAUACUGAAAGAUUAUAUAAAUGCACAUUAAGGGUAUCUGGAUAUGGAUGAUUACAAGUUGUUGAAGGAGUGAGACUAGCUAGGGUCAUGGUCAUUUAUUCGUAGUUCAUACAUAGUUUUCUCUGUGAUCACUUGGUUCUGAAUUGUAUCAAUUAAUUAAUAAUUGUGGGUGUCACCUAGGAAGAUAUUGUUAGUUUAAUUAUCUUGUGAAAUUAAAUUUGUUUGUAACCUAAAUUUCAUUGUGCAGAUAUAUUUUGUGAUUCAUUCUGGGACAUAAUUGAUGAUUUAUUCUUAAAA